AUGAGAUUUCCAUUGCUCCUUUUCGUUUUUCUUUUUUUCACGAUGGGCGUACUCCUUAUCAAUGGACAAAGGCCAGGUAACCUGGCAUUGCGAAGAAAACUGCACAGACACAGUUGUCUCCAGAGGAGAUGCAUACCUCUUCAUUCCCGGGUGCCCUUCCCCUGA